GCGGGAUUUCACUGACACGAUUCAAUUUCGAAAGAUAAUUUUGAUGGACAGUGUUGUUUUGGGUUGUCCCCAACUAAUCACAAACGGGAAGGUUUACAACAAGAACAACGAAGCAGAUUCGAACAUUUGAAAUUAAAUUUGAAAAGUUCGAACGCCAAAAAGCAAAAGCCAUUGAAGUCACUGUGGCAAAGUGGACCUAAUAAUAAUCACAUUCUGAAAUCCUGAAUCCCAAUUCUCACUCACUUUCCUUGUUCGCUUCGGUUUGUGUGCAGAGAAACGAAAGGAAAUGGAAAAUAACGCCGAAUCUGAGAAACCGAAAGGGAAAGGGAUUCCAGUUCACGGUGGCAAGUACGUGCGCUACAACAUCUUAGGCAACGUUUUCGAAGUCUAUGCGAAGUACGCACCGCCUCUGCAACCCGUUGGUAGAGGCGCAUACGGCAUCGUUUGCUGCGCGACGAAUUCGGAGACCGAAGAAGGAGUUGCGAUUAAGAAGAUUGGGAAUGCGUUUGACAACAGGAUCGACGCGAAGAGGACGCUCAGAGAAAUCAAGCUUCUCUGCCACAUGGAACAUGAUAACAUAAUUAAAAUUAAGGACAUAAUUCGGCCAGCGGAGAGGGAGAAUUUCAACGAUGUGUAUAUUGUGUAUGAGUUGAUGGACACCGAUCUGCAUCAGAUUAUACAGUCUAAUCAGGCUCUCACUGAUGAGCACUGCCAGUACUUUUUAUAUCAACUCUUGCGAGGAUUGAAGUACAUACAUUCUGCAAAUGUUUUGCACCGAGAUUUAAAACCAAGCAAUUUACUUCUCAACGCAAACUGUGAUCUCAAAAUAUGUGACUUUGGGCUGGCCAGAACAACCUCAGAGACGGACUUUAUGACAGAAUAUGUUGUCACUCGUUGGUACAGGGCCCCUGAAUUGUUAUUGAAUUGUUCAGAAUAUACUGCUGCUAUUGAUAUUUGGUCGGUUGGUUGUAUUUUAAUGGAGAUAAUUAGAAGGGAGCCUUUAUUUCCUGGUAAAGAUUAUGUUCAGCAGUUGGCCCUUAUAACUGAGUUAUUAGGUUCUCCAAAUGACUCGGAUCUUGGGUUCCUCAGAAGUGAUAAUGCAAAGAAAUAUGUUAAGCAGCUUCCACAUAUAGAGAAGAGGUCUUUUGCUGAGCGGUUUCCUGAUACGUCCACGUUAGCAAUUGAUCUUGCUGAGAAAAUGUUGGUCUUUGAUCCCUCCAAGCGAAUAACUGUCGAAGAAGCACUAAAUCACCCAUACAUGGCAAGUCUUCAUGAGAUCAACGAGGAGCCCGUUUGCCCAACUCCUUUCAUCUUUGAUUUCGAACAGACAACUCUUAACGAAGAAGACAUAAAGGAGCUCAUAUGGAGAGAGUCUCUAAACUUCAGCCAGGACCAGAUGUUGGAAUAGCCUUGGGCAUUGGCAAAAUAUUUUUUAUAUGGAAUUUCGUUAUUCAGGUUUGGAGUUGGGUGGUAAAGGUUCUAUUUCUAUCAAACAUGUUAUAAAUUGCUUUAGUAGGUUUGGAGCUGCAAGUGCAGCAUGUGAUUCUGUAAUGGAAAUGGUGAGGGAGAUAGGUUCUCCCGUUCCAGUUGCCUUGAGAGGGAAACUUUCUUUUACCUUUUUUAUUUCUUGGAGAGGAUUAUGGUACCCACAAAGCGUUGGUGCUUGCUAUGCAUAAGAGGGGCAUAUGCUUCCAAGGCCUAAGCCGUUGUCUUUUUGGCUUUGCAUUGUAUAAAUAUCCAAAUAUAGUAGUUACACAGAAGUUAUUGAAGAUAAGCCACAAUAUAGUGGUUUUUACUUUUGGGUGGUUAUAAUAGAGGUUUUGUUUCGUUA